GGCUGGGCGGCCGCCACCGACGAUGCGCGGCAGCGCUAUGGCCGUACCUUCACGGAGUGGGUGAAGAAUGUGAUUGUACGAGAAGAGACGAUUGAACAGUGGCUCAGCGAGACGGGCUGCGUCCUGCUGAUAGAUGAAUUGAACAGUAGGUGGCUGGGUGGGUAACAAGACGGAUUGAUGGAUGCACACAUGACAUGACGUGUGUGCAUGCCUGAAUGCCCGUGUUUUGUGUGUGCGUAUGUGUGUGUGUAUGUGUCAGAGCUGAUCCGAGAAGGGGAGCGGCCAGCGAAGCGGGGAGAAGAUGUUGCGGGAUUCCUUAGGGCCGAUUUCAUCGACAAGGCGAGCCGCUUUCUCGUCUUCUCCAGUCACAGCACCGGCACGGGCCAGAAGCUGCUGAGAUACAUGCAGAGUCACCGCGACAUUAUUCGGCCUCGGCUGCCGGUGUUCAGGUCGAGAGACGAAAUGACCGCUCUCACCAAGGAGGCCUCACCUCCCAGUCUCUGCUAUCUCGGGCUGACACCCGCACUGGUCCACAGCGCUUACAACUUGAUGCACGGACGUGUUACUGCGUGCAUACAAGAUCGGUUCAGCAGGCUCAAGGCCCCACCUUUCAACAAACACACGGUGCGAGCAUUGAUCGAGACGGCCGUCAAGGGAGAGGCGGGGGGGGCCGAUGAGCUGGGCGAGUGGUUACAGGCGCUUGAUGCGUUCGGGCUAGUCGGCUCGCCACCAUCGUACACAUGGCCCCCAUGCUUCUUGGCUGCUGCAUGCCACGCGAUGUGCGAGGCUGACGCGAUUCCGAUACGCAUUCGGCAGGGCCUGGUGAUGAUCGGCGACAGCCUGCAGCAGUUGGCGACGGCAGAGGAGGGGUCGGGCAAGCAAUGGGAAGGGGUAUGUGCGGCGGCGCUCGUGUUGCGGAUGAUGCAGAGCGAGAUGGUGGUCGGCAGCCUCGCCGUCGUCCUCAGUGAGGAGGCUAAACAGCUGCUGCCGGAUGCCAUUCUCAAUGGUUGGUUGGUUGGGUGACACACACACAACACAUGUAUGUACAUGUGUGAUGGGCUACAAGCCAUGCGAUAGAUACUGGUGUGUAUGUGCUGUUUGUGUGGGUGUUUCAGGAUCAUGUGCAUUCGCAGGCACCUUCUGUCCCACCCACCAGAGCGGGUUCGUACGGCAGCCUGCUGCUUGUGGGUUGGUGGGGCGGAGUGACCCUGCGGACAUUCCUCUCCUCCGCCGGAUGGUCUUGAAGGAGCUGAGAAGGCAAACCUACAAGGAUCAGCGCCUCGACCGGGGCACUGUGGCUCUCUUUGUGAAGCCCGCCGUCAGCAGCUUCCCUGUACAUGACCUCUUCAUCUUCAUAUGUGACGACGGCCGAGUGACGGAGAUAUGGGGGUAUCAGUGCAAGACAGGGAGGCAAACACCGACAGACAGGCAGACGAGGGUUUCCAAGAAGGUGACGAAGUCAGUGUGGCUUCGUGGUGAGGCCAACCAACAGACGCACAGGAACUAUGGGUGGGUGGUCGCAAGCCAGACAGUCAUUGAGCUCCUGUUUGGCCUGACUCUGUCAAAAACGUGCCCUCUCCAUUGGCUGGCGGAUCAGUGAGUGCAUGGGCGGCGGCGGCGACAAGGUGUGUGCCUUGGUAUGUAUCAUCCGCGUGUGUGUGUGUGUUCGGUCCAGUUGUUGCAUGCCGUUUGGUUGCAUUCUUUUUUGUGGGCAUGUCAUGUUCAUCUCGCGCAACACCACACACGAGCGUCACUCAUCGCAUCAAGGCAGGCCUUCUUUCUUGUCUUGUCCCGUGUGCGCUGGUUGUGGCUGGCCCGGUUUGCGCGGUCUCCUUUCUGUAUUCGUGUGGCAUGCGAGUGUGCACACUGGGGGAGGCGCGAUGGAUGGAUUAGCCAGUGAGAUAUAUAGCGAUGGAUGGCGAUCCAUCGAUUCGUCUGUGUGUGUGUUGCUGACCGGACGACGCAUAUGUACCGUCCGUCUGCCUUCUUUCUGUCUGUCCAUUAGCGUGUCGAUUUGCAAUACAUACAUCGAUUAACGCAACAGGCAUGCUAUGCUUAGCAAUGCCCAACAGAUGUUGGAUGGACGGAUGGUGGUAAGUACUUUCUUGUUCACAGUGAUGUUUGACGUCAAC